AUGGCAGAAUCCAGCACAAGUAUGGAUAAUACAGGAAAGUCACCCCCGCUCAAGCGACGGAAGGUUCGCAGUGGCACCCAAAGCUGCUGGGAGUGCAAGCGGCGGAAGACCAGAUGCACCUUUGCGGCGCCCAACGAAUCCGUAUGCGAUGGCUGCAGGAGCCGCGGGGUUAAGUGCAUCGGCCAGGACUUUGAUGAUGGGGCAGUGGAAAAGGGUGACAAGGCCGGAGGCCGGAGCCGGGCUGAGACGGUGGCUGAGAGGCUGUCCAUGCUGGACGCGAGCGAUCUGAGCAAUCCGAAAAUUCAGGACGGCGAGGGCGCAACAGGAAAGAAAGCAAGCUCCCCUGCGGACGCCAGGACAGACACACCCCAGGUGAACAAGAGACACAAUGACUUGUGUCGAGCCCUCCUCGAGGUGUGGCCGGAACAAGAAGAUCUAGAUGUUAUACUCGAUGCCCCUAUCGACCAUGUCCCGCCUGGUGGAGACUGCAUGCAAAUAGUGACGAGCGACGACGAGCUCGUCAGCUCCCUCGAAGGAAUUGAAUGCAUCAUGAUUGAGGCGAUGUAUCACAACAACGCGGGUAACCUUCGACAUGGAUGGGUAACUCACCGCCGAGCGAUGACGAUAGCUCAGAUGCUAGGGCUUCACCGCGGCACGGCUGCAUCUGCCACGUUGCUUGACGUCCGCAAUCGAGGCCGUACCGACCCGGAACACAUGUGGUGCCGUCUCAUCAUCUCCGAUCGUUACCUCUCGCUGAUGCUGGGCCUGCCGCAGGCCUCUCUUGAGAACCCAUUCGAAUCCCCACAGGCCCUCGAAAGUUGCACCCCCAUGGAGCGAACGGAGCGAAUGGAGUCAAUCGUGGGUGGACUCAUCCUGCAGCGUAACGGGGCUGAUCUACAUAACCUGGUCAAGACACAAGAGGCCGAUAAACUUCUUCAGGAGGCUGCAGCCUCGAUGCCACCCCAAUGGUGGGUAGCCCCUUGCGUCGCAGCUGCCGCCGGCCAUGAAAGCGAGGAGCUUUAUGAGACCACCAUCCGGCUGAUGAACCAAUUCACGCAUUACCACCUGCUAGUGCAGCUGCAUCUGCCGUACCUGCUUCAACCCUCAGAUGAGAGGAAAUACGAUUAUAGCAAGGCCACAGCCGUGAUGGCCAGCCGGGAAAUUCUCACGCGCUUCGUGUCGUUUCGUGGUUCGGUCUCGGUUGCGGCAUACUGCAGAGGGGUUGACCUUCUUGCGUUCAUUGCAAGCACGGUAUUGACCCUUGUGCACAUCGAUGCUCGUCGCCAGCAGCGGGUUAGCGGAAGUGAAUGCGGCAAUGCUCUUCACAUGGUUGCACACCAGCGGCUGAGCGACCGUGGACUGCUCGAGCAGACGCUCCAGUGUAUUUUGAAGAUGGCCGAGAGCGAAGAGGACGCUAUGGCCUACAAGAUCCCCAUUAUACUCAAGCAAUUGCUCGCCAUCGAAGACAAUGCCGCCAAGGACGACUCGUACAGUACCACGAUUUCUUCGGAGCCGGGAGUGCCGGAGUCACAAUACGGUGACAAGCCCGAAUCAGAAGCCCGGGAACAGAGGGAUUCCGACUUCAGCCAAAUCGGACUUGACACGGCAACCUUGCUGGUUCCGGGACUGACAGCAGAUGUAGAUGAUUGGGCGUUGCAGGGCGUGGAUAUGGCCUUGUUUGACAACCUGAUUCGAGGAGCUGCGGAGCCGAGUGCGGACCCAGCGUAG